GGUUGUGUUCUCUGAGUUCUUUCGCCGGGGCCGGGGCGGAAGCGGAGUGCGCGGUCGAGGAAGGCCUAGGCCUUAGCGGUCGGAUCGAUCGGCGCCGUGCUUGACUGCCUGUACAUGAGGAGCGGCUGCGGCGGCGGCGGAGGGAGACAACCUGGGGAAGGAGGCGGGGGAGGCGCUGGGGCUGCUGGGCUGCGUCAAUGAGGUGGUGGCGGCGGUGGCAGCCACGUGGGGGCCCAUGACCGACGGCGCGCGCGUCGAGACGGCGCCCAGGCUCGCCCAAUGGCGCGUCGACCCGCUCCCCUGCUACACCUACCGCAAGUCACUCCCCUUCCUCAUCGGCCUCUGGAACUGGUGCAUAUCUGUGGAGAGAAAUAACAAGCAAACCUGUGUUAAGCUCUUUGCAGAGAAUACAAGUUCUCUCAAGAACGGUUCCUCAGCCCCAAUAGCUUCCUUUAUCGCCAAACUUAUUGUAUCUCUUCCACCUAAUCAGCAGACCAUAGUCCACCCAGGAAUUUUUGACAAACAGCUGAAAUACGACGGUUUUGUGUGGACAAUCGAUAGCACCGUCACUGGGAGGUUUGUGAUUGAGAUAGAGUUUCUUGACCUGAAGGUCGCUGAUCCGUCUGGCGGGGAGCCGGCCUCGAUUUGGGCCUCCCGCCAGGUCAAGCAGUGCUCGGACAGCACGGCCCUGUCGUCCCUGGCUCGGAUGCUGCACGAGGACGUCCUCACCGACAUCACCAUCAACGCGGCGGACGGCAGCGUGGGCGCGCACCGCGCGGUCCUGGCGACGCGGUCGCCGGUGUUCCGGAGCAUGUUCUCGCACGACCUGAGGGAGAAGGAGCUCUCCACCGUGGACAUCACCGACAUGUCCCUGGACGCGUGCCGCGCCUUCCUCAGCUACAUCUACGGCGACGUGCGCGGCGGCGAGGAGUUCCUGGCGAACCGGCUGGCGCUCCUCCGCGCCGCCGACAAGUACGACAUCGGCGACCUCAGGGAGGCCUGCCACGAGAGCCUGCUGGAAGACAUCGACGCGCGCAACGUGCUGGAGCGGCUGCAGACGGCGCACCUGUACCGGCUGCCGAGGCUCAAGGGCGGCUGCCUGAGGUUCCUUGUGGACUUCAGGAAGGUGUACGAGAUGCACGACGACGACCUCAACGCGUUCCUGCAGACGGCCGACAGGGAACUCGUGGCCGAGGUGUUCCAUGGCGUUCUUGCCGCGUGGAGCGGGCGGUAAGCCGGGCGCAUGCCAUGGCACUGCCGCUCUGCUGCAGGUGUUGCACAUCUGGUUGGUUCAGUUCGUCACAACUCAGAAGCGUUGUUUGCAACUGGAGGAUUCUUGCUGGGAAAGCGUGUAAAUAUUUGCAAACUGUACAUGCGUGCCAGUGGUUGGUCUAAAAUUUACUGUGCAUGCCUUGAUUGGAUUUUGUUCCUAUGAUGUGGAAAUCAGCUCAUAUGCUGCUCAUAUUCACGUUUUGAGGAA